GGGGCAGAAGGAGCAAACAGAGAGAGGGGUUGAGUGCACUGACUGAAUCAGCUGUCACUCCAGGACUCACACUGUACUGUUGUCUGUCACGUGCCUGUUCCCGGAUAGAUGUGAGAAGUGACUGCACAUAUUGACAGAUGAAAACAUUUGGACCGAGAGUCUGAUUUAAAUUCCCUGAGAAGAAGAAAAAGAAGAAGAAGAAGAUCUCAGUUUGUUUGGUUACAAAGGUCCGUUGGAGAAAACCACAGUUGCCAUGGAGACCGUUUUGCUCUUCCUCUCGUCUCUCUUGGUUUGUGUGGCCGCUGUAACAGAGCCCAGUAUACAGGAUGGCCCGGUGAAAGAAGAAAACCCAUUUGAAUAUGACUAUGAGACUCUCAGGAUUUGGGGACUGGUAUUAGCUGUGAUUCUUUUCACACUGGGCAUUCUUCUAAUCCUCAGUCGGCGAUGCCACUGCAAUAAGCGCAGGAACACCGGAGACGAGGAGGCGCAGGAGGAGAACCCGAUUGUCACCAACGCUGCCAAAGAGACGCCAGCAGAGAUGUGAGGCGACGCCGCGGGAUCAGAUCUCACAUGAUGCUCUUUUAUUUGAUAUACAGCCACUGUAACAACACUAUAACAUUUUUGUAACUGGUUAUUUGACAGCGUAAGAGAUAAGGUUGUGUCCUGUGUGUUUAGAGGUGUAAUGUAUAGAUUAUUAUUCUUGAGUCUUGAAGACAAACCUUUAACCCGUCGUGCUCUUGUCGUGACCGUGUCAGUCCCUCGCUUGUCUCGUCCGUCGUCGCUGUGCCUUCGUGUGAUUGUCGCUCACUCCUGUUCUCUCUCUCUCGUGUCAUUCCAAACGCCUGGAGGUUUUAGGAUGUUGUCAGUUGACCUGCAUGGAGAACAAGUACACACUAUAUACAAGUACAGAUCAUUGAUGCAGCGAGACGUCGUCUGUGUGUGUGAAUGUGGACUCGACCAUGAAAACGCAAAGAGCCUUAUAUCAGACAAUCUCCACUGCCACAGCUCUUGGACUGAGCACAUGAAUGCGUUUGCAGGAAUCUGCUUGAAGUGUUUUUUAAUAACUACAGUCAUGGGAGCUCCUGCGUCAGCUGUCUCACUGCCUUCUCCUCCACGCAGCCACACCAGGAUUUACCAGUCGCCUGCACACAAUGAUUAGUUUCCCCUGUCCACACUCACUAUAGUGCCACAAAUCUGUGAAGCCAUGCAGGGUCUGUUUCGUAUUUGCUGUCUUUAGUAUUUUGCUUCUACUUUGAACAAUCACGCGUGUAGUACAGGGUCUGAGGGGAAUGCAACUCCCAAUUCACGUUAUAUACUGUAUAUUUUAACUAUAUUAUUAAUAGAAGCCUAUAAGAAAUAAGAGAUUGAGGAUGAGAGAACAAAUGAGUCGCCCUGUCAGAGUGAACUGGUUUUAAAGACGACUGCUGUACAAGUACAUGCUCUGUUCAUUCAAUGCAUGACCACUUGUUGUGUAGCAAACUGUUGUGCGUUUGGCAUAAAUAAAUCAAAGUAUGUCCAAACACGAAAGAA